ACGUGAUAUCAUGCGCUGGCUGUGGACUGCUUGAUAACCACUUCCGCUUUUUUUCCUCGCAGGUCAACAUUUGCGUAUACCUAGAAAGACAGUAAAGACAUUGUAGAAAGGUUUUUGUUGGUUAAAACUCACGUUUAGGAGAUCGACACGUUGAGAUAUUUAUGGAGCAUAAUAAUGGAGAUACUUCUAGCUGGUCGAUGCAGCGACGAAUGGAAGGUUUGGUCAACAAACACAUGGCAGACAUAGCACUAGAAACACUCCAACAGAGACUAUCAGCUGUGUCCGAAGAAAUGAACCAUCUUGCGGAACAUGUCUCGAGACGCUCGGAGGAUGUUCCCAAGUAUGAUAUUCCAAGACGCACAGAUGUAAACUUUGACGUUGAGUCACUGAGUGCAACAUUUAGCACGGGUGGUGUUGGGGAAAAGUUGGCGAUCCCAGGCACCUCACCAUCAGCAGAGACGGCUGCCCAGCGUAAAAUCAUCUCCCUGCUGGUGGAGAUUAAGGAGGAGCAGCAGAGACAGUGGGGCGUUUUGAGGCAGAUGCAGGCCAGGGUUCAGGGCCAGAGCUUUCCGGUGGUAGAGGAAGAGGUGGAGGCUCUAGACAUUGACAUCCCACUGAGGACCAUGGAGCAGCUAGAUGACACAGAGAGGCACCUGGAGGAUGCAGGAGCACAGAAGAGAAUGGUGUCUCACCUGUCACGAAUGGGUGGGGCCACGUUUGAUGAUGCGGUGCGAAGGCUCAUGCAGGCAGUGCUAUCUUUUGCUGUGGGCUCUGAGCUCAACUGGGUGGGCCGAGGCCAGAAAAGGAGCUUCAGAAACACCCGCCUCCAAGGGGUUCUCUUCUGUGCUCUGAAAAGAACCCCAGUGGGCAAAGAGGCCACACAUCACCAGUUUGCAGACGUGGUGAAGAAGUGGCUGCGGUUCGCCCCGUUUCGACAGGGAGGGAGUGGUCGACGGCAUUAUAAACCACCUGUUGACUUCCUGUGUCCAAAGGAAUGUGUAGGUCUGCCUACACAUCAGCCUACACAUCCACAGUAACUCACAAUCAGCUUAUUAAAUUUAUUACAUUGUUUAACAUUUUAGUAUUUUUUCCUAAGUUUGUUACAUUGCAAAAAAUAUAUGCUAUUUGAAUGUGAAUACAUGCGGUUUGGCCCAUGUUACUUCAUACAGGGCCAAACCUGUGAUCUGCUCAAGUAACUUGUACCCCUGCAUAAAUCAUGCAAUGAUGUAAAUCACGUGCCAAACUCAUUCCACGGAGGGUAGAGUGUCUGCUGGUUUUCACUCCUCCCUUGUACUUGAUUGACGAAUUAAGGUCACUAAUUAGUAAAUAACUUCAGUCACCUGGUUUUCUAGGUAUUAAUUGAAAAUGAAUAAUAAAAACCUGCAGACACCAGGCACAACAUGGAAUGAGUUUGACACCCCUGAUGUAAAUUGAAGAUGUAUUCUCAAAGUCCAGUUUCUCACAAAGCUGUCAAAAUUAUGUCAACAAUGUAUAGUCUCCAAUAGAGACACAUCCCAUGACGCUCCUCACAUCACAGAUCUGUCAGGUGUGGUUGGCUGUUUAUCCCAGAGUAAUUCAAACAAAAUACUGCUGCAAAACCUGUUGAUAAAAGUUGUGUAUUGCAUUUAAUGCUUUGAAGGUACUGAUUAGAAAUCUUUCCGGCAGAUUUUUUUUUACCCCACUAAUGAGAAUAUCGGCAAAUAUAUACUACAAUUCAAAAGUUUGGGGUCACAUAGAAAUGUCCUUGUUUUUGAAAAAGCACAUUUUAUGUCCAUUAAAAUAACAUCAAAUUGAUCAGAAAUACAGUGUAGACAUUGUUAAUGUUGUAAAUGACUAUUGUCGCUGGAAACGGCUGAUUUUUAAUGGAAUAUCAACAUAGGCGUACAGAGGCCCAUUAUCAGCACUCCUGUGUUCCAAUGGCACGUUAUGUUAGCUAAUCCAAGUUUAUCAUUUUAAAAGGCUAAUUGAUCAUUAGAAAACCCUUUUGCAAUUAUGUUAGCACAGCUGAAAACUGUGUUGAUUUAAAGAAGCAAUAAAACUGGCUGCCUUUGGACUAGUUGAGUAUCUGGAGCAUCAGCACUUGUGGGUUCGAUUACAGGCUCGAAAUGGCCAGAAACAAAUUAUUUUCUUCUGAAACUCAUCGGUCUAUUCAUGUUCUGAGAAAUGAAGGCUAUUCCAUGUGAGAAAUUGGCAAGAAACUGAAGAUCUCGUACAAUGCUGUGUACUACUCCCUUCACAGAACAGCGCAAACUGUCUCUAACCAGAAGAGGAGUGGGAGGCCCUGGUGCACAACUGAGCAAGAGGGCAAGUACAUUAGUGUCUAGUUUGAGAAACAGACGCCUCACAAGUCCUCAAGUGGUAGCUUCAUUAAAUAGGACCCACAAAACACCAGUCUCAACGUCAACAGUGAAGAGGCGACUCCAGGACGCUGGCCUUCUAGACAGAGUUUCAAAGAAAAAGUAGAUAUACUAUUAAAAAUCAGCUGUUUCCAGCUACAAUAGUCAUUUACAACAUUAACUAUGUCUACACUGUAUUUCUGAUCAAUUUGGCUCUUAAUAUAGGCCAGGAACAUUGCAGUUUGUAGUAGGUCUAUGAUGUUUUCAUCCUUCCGAAGACACAGGCUUCCGGGUCAUUCAGAUGACCUCUUUCUGCACAUUGUUUUUCCUAUAUAACUGUGAGUGAGUGUAUGUUAGAGACACGAAAGCAAUUUACUAUAUGUUAAAAAGUAAUGUCCAUAUAAGCUUAUUUCUUGUAACGACCAUCAUACAUUGUAAAUGUCCAUAAAUUGAUAUUUGUAAAUACAUAUUUCUCAUUAA